UUUUCAGGUGGCUUGAACACAGGAGGCCAUGGUUGUAGGUGCAUUCCCAGCUGCCAAGCUGGGAGCUUUGUUAAUCAAACAAAUAAGUAAACCCAUAGCUAAUGCCCUCAGGAGUCGAGCAAAGAACAGCUAUUUCUUCCGCACCUAUGUUUGCAUGCCUCCUGCCCAGUUUUACCACUGGUGUGAGGUGCAGAUGAAGAUGUGGAUCCUCAACAUGGGAAAGCCGACUAAUAUCCCCAAGCUAAAUGAAUCCCAAGCCAUUGAACUGGGAGCAAACCUUCUUGGAGAAGGUCUCAUCUUUGUUGUUGCUGCAGGAGCCCUUGUGUUUGAAUAUCAACGGGGCACCAAGAAGGAGAAGCAGAAAGAGGAUGCACAGGAAGAGAGAUUGCAGAAUAUGCAGAAUCAGCUCAUGGAACUGCAGUUCAGUGCCGAUGAACAGGCCACUCGCACCCGUGAACUCACUCGAUUGUUGUAUGCACUGGAUUCCAAGCUUCAAGAUUUGAAAGGUCUCACGGUCCAUGUAGCAGGAAAUGAACCUGCUCGAGGAAUAUUGUCAAGGACGUUGCAAGAUAUGGACAUUUUACUGAAAGGUGUCUCUUCCAAAUGAUAAACUUAGUCAAAAUCUAGCUUUGUCUUCACAAUUUGGUGAAAGCAUAACUGUGAUCAGUAUUUGUAGCAAUGUAUUUUCAUCAUUGAGGAGGUUUUUUUUUUACUGGAGUGCCAGGCUACUGCAGACAAAAGUUUUUCGUGUGCAAUAUUUGCUUUGUGAUUGUUCUUGCUUUUCAUUUUCCACAUCAUCUGUCUAUGUUUCUGUAUGCCCUGGAUUCCAAGCUUCAAGGUUGUUUUUUCCAUUCUCUGCAAUAGAAGCAGUAACCUGGGAAACCCUUGAACAGAUUUGCCUUUACUCAUUAUUUCAGUCAUCUUCAAUUAAUGUAUAACAUAAGUUACAGAAUGGAGGCAUUGUCCUAAUGAAAUUCUUUGGGAGACC